UGAGCCCAAAAAGCAUCAAGAGUUGUAAAGCUGCUGUGAACUCUUCAAAAAGCUCUCUCUUCUCUCUUUCUUUUCUUUGCUCUGCUCUCACCUCCAUUAUUUGACAGUCUCUUCAGAGCAAAUGGGGUACCUGCACAACCUCCCAAGCUGGCAUCAUGGCCCAUUGUCAGGUGUCUACUUUUCACAAUGCCCCAAACAAACAAAGCAAAAAAUGAAAAUCUCACUACUACCCUUUCUUUCUCCUACUUUCUUUACUACCUCUAUAUACUCAAAAAUGCACAAAAUUUAACAAUACCCAUAUCGAGAUAACCCCAAAAUAUACUAAUAAAGAAAAAAAAACUGAUCUUUUUCACCAGUAUCUUGUUUUUCCUUCAUAUGGGUACAGUUUCUAUUAUGAUUUUGAACCUAUAAUGGAACUGGGUUCAGUGUCUUCUUCGGGUAAUUCAAGCUCAUCUGAUUCUUUGAAUGGCUUGAAGUUUGGCAAGAAAAUCUACUUUGGAAAUGCGGGUGUUGGAGUUCAGGUCAAGAAUGGAUGUGGGUCGUCGCCGGUGAACGGAGAUGGGAACCUGCCACCGGCUCCGGCAACGACUAAGAGGGGGAGGGGUGGGUUGGUGCAGGGUGGUCAUCCACCUAGGUGCCAAGUUGAAGGUUGUCAGGCAGAUCUGAGUGAUGCUAAGGCUUACUAUUCUAGGCAUAAAGUUUGUGGUAUGCACUCUAAGUCUCCUACUGUUGUUGUUGCUGGUCUUGAACAGAGGUUUUGCCAACAGUGUAGCAGGUUCCACCAAUUAACUGAAUUCGACCAGGGGAAAAGGAGUUGCCGCAGGAGACUGGCAUGCCAUAAUGAGCGUCGUAGGAAGCCUCCAUCUGGUUCUCUUUUCUCUACACACUAUGGGAAUCUUUCUUCAUCAAUAUUUGAAAAUAAUAGCAGUAGAUCCGGAAGCUUUCUGGUAGACUUCAGCUCACACCAAAAUGUCAAUGAGAGUUCAUGGCCAAAUACUCGAGCAUCUGAACAAGGAUGGGAUCAUCAAUCAUCAGGGAAGUUCCUUCAACGUCCUUGGCUGAAUAACUCUGAAAAUGCUGCUAGUGAGCUUGUUUUGCAAGGUUCAGCUACCAGGACCAGUUAUCAUGGUGUUCCUUCAGGAGACUAUUUUCCUGGAGUCUCAGAUUCAAGUGGUGCUCUCUCUCUUCUGUCAAAUCGGUCCUGGGGAUCAAGGAAUCGACCCCCAAGUCUUGGGGUCAACAGCCAAGUUCACAUUGAUGGGGUACACACCAUUCAACCUUCAGGUUCUCAUGGUGCACCUACCAAUCACUUCUCAAGCCCUUCAUUGAGUUUCAAAGGAAAUGAAGCUAGCAGCAGUUCACAUGAGAUGCCUCCUGAUCUCGGUUUGGGUCAAAUGUUACAAGCUUCUGAUAAUCCAUACUGUGGCGAGCUUGGGAUGGCUCAGCAUGGUGAUGGAAGACAAUACAUGGAACUGGACCAGUCUAAGGGUUAUCAUCCUUCUGUUCAGAAUGUGCACUGGACUCUUUGAUUGUCCUCCCCUUCGUUUAUGAUGACAAUGUGUAAGACUAUUUUGUUCAUUAUCUAGUUUGAUAUCUUAAAGGCUGUCUAUUGACAAAUGACCUUUACUAUUAUGCCAACUUGUGUGCAUUUCUGUUGGGCUAGACCCCAGAUGACUAUCGUUUUCUUCUUGAACUUUUCAAUGACUUGCUUCGAUUUUUUCCUCUUGCUAAAUGAUAUUCAAGGGGUUAGAUGAAGUUUGAACAUUUAUCAAUAAAUAUGCUUCAUUAUGAUGCAACAA